AUGUCUAUCCGCGACGCUAGCCACGCCGGCUCCUGGUACUCCGCGAACAAGGGUGAACUCUCGGCCCAGCUUGAUCAGUGGCUGGACGCUGUGCCCGCCUGUACCCCCGGCAUCCGUCCUGGUUCGCAGAAUGACUCGAUCGACAUUCCUUCCUCCGGCGCGAGGGCGAUAAUUGCGCCGCAUGCUGGAUACGCUUAUUCUGGGCCUGCAGCCGCAUGGGCCUACAAGGCUCUGGAUCUCUCUCAAGCGAAGCGAGUCUUUCUCCUCGGCCCAUCCCACCACUACUACCUCAGCGGCUGCGCCCUCACCCAAUGUGACGCCUAUGAGACGCCAUUGGGCGACCUGCAGAUCGACAAGGAAACCGUUGCCGAGCUGCGUAAGAAGGGGAAGUUCGAUACCAUGCGGCAGGAUCGAGAUGAGAACGAGCAUAGUCUCGAGAUGCAUCUUCCUUACAUCUACAAGAUGCUUUCUCGGCAAUUCCCCGGCCCCUCCGAGUUUCCGCCCCUUGUGCCCAUCCUCGUCGGCGCCACUUCAGCCGCAGCAGAGCGCCAGUUCGGCCAGAUCCUAGCGCCGUACCUUGCAGAUCCGACGUCGGUGUUCAUCAUCUCUUCUGACUUCUGUCACUGGGGAGCCCGAUUCCAGUACACGUACUACGAGAAGGCGCCAGGAGAAGCCCGCAUGCUGAGUCCUUCUGAGAAAAUACUCUCAAGCCCGGCCAUCUAUGAAAGCAUUGCGACCGUAGACGGGUACUGCAUGGAUGCUGUGGAGACGAAGCAGCACCAGCAGUUCCUCGACGUUCUCGAGGAGACGGGAAACACCGUCUGCGGGAGACACCCCAUUGGGGUGGUCAUGGCGGCGAUCGAAACACUGUCUCUCGACGGGGAAAAGGGAAAGUUCCGGUUCGUCCGGUACGAAAGAAGCAGUGACUGCGUCAGCCCCAGGGACAGCUCCGUGAGCUACUGCAGCGCGCUGGCCGUGUUCUAA